ACAAAAAGGUCACCCACUUCUCUCAGUCGGCAUCACGAACCCCUUUUCUGAAGAUUUCCAGACGAGAGAAUCCCUAAAAAGGCCCUACUUUCCUCUUCCACUCUCAAUCCUCGCAGGUUCUAAUCUAAUCAUUUUUUUUUUCUUGCAACCCCCGUUUGAUUCCCAAGAAAAUCCAUCCCCCAUUCGAUUUCCGGGAAAAUUCAUCCUUUGAUUUCCGAGAAAAUCCAUGCCAAACCCCCAAGGAAAACCAAAAAGAUUGCUUUUUUUUUUAUUUGCUCCCUCUGUUUUCUGGAUCUGUUCUAGGGGUCGCUUUGCUUUUGUGCCAUUGGAUUUAAAUUUCACGAACCCUAAAUCCACGAUUUUUGAGCCAGGCUGAGAAACACAACCUUUGCCUGCAAAUCAUGAUCAGAUUACCAAAUAACAUCUUAUGUUUUUUUUCUUUUGAAAAAAAAAUAGACAGAUUUUUAUCCUGUGCGCGGGCUGGACUGGUAGGAAAUAUGGGGAAAUUUCCCGAAAAAUCGGCGAUACAAACCGAAAUUUCUCCGAUAAAUUGCAGCCGCCGGCGAUUUUUUGAAGAUUUCGCCGAUUUUUCGCCUGCAGCAAUUUUUCGCCGAUUUUAACCGAAAUUUCUCCCAUCGACAUUUCGCCCCCUUCUUUCGUAUCGCCGGCCACCGAAAUUUCGGCGAAAAAUGGAAACUUUCGGUUAAAAUCGGCGAAAAAUCGUAAUUCAAACUCAACUUUUAAGAUCUCCCAAUUCAAUGGGCUUAGCCGAACUUUGGCGCGCCAUCAUCCCAUCGGAGCAGUUGUCGGAAAAUCGUAGUUCAAACGACGUCGUUCUUGAAACGAUUAACUUAAAAUUUUGGAAGGUGGCUGGAUAAAUGAAACCUUGUCUCAUUUGUGUGCAGGAGGGAGGAGUCGCAAUGCUACCCCAAACUCUUCUGAACCCCCAAAACCCCAAAAUCUUCUCUCUUCUCUCCUCCUCUUCCCUUUCUCUUCACACUCCUCGUAGGCUUUACUCAUUCCAAACCCUAACUUUCUUUAGAAAAUCUUCCUCUCUCGCCCUUGCUACUCCCUCGUCCUCCUUUCAAUCCCCUUACCAACAAGAGGAAGGCUUAGUGGAAGAAGAAGAAGUCCCAAUUGGCGACUGCUUGGUGUUCGAAGAAGGCGUAUUUGAAGACCCGUACCUUCAAGAUAACUUCGAUUUCAAUGCCCCAAAUCCUAAACACAAGAAACCUAAUUUAGAAAUUGAACCUGAGAACUUGGUUCCCGAAAAAUGGAAGGAGGUUCAGGAACAAAUCAAUAUUACAAAGAAAGAGAGACGCAAGAUUGCUCAGCAAUUGGAGUAUGGUAGUCGCGUCGAGAAGAGGAAGCAGGGUUUAGUACCUAUAAGUCAGGAGGAUUACUCAUCGUAUAGAGAGACUAAGUUGGCCCAGUUGAAGCCCCUUGUUCUUGAUAAACCCACAAGUUUUCCUGUGAAAGAGGAGGCGGCGGGGGCGGCGCCUGUGGAGGGGAACCCCAAUGAACCUACUAGUAGUCGAGUGGUGCCAAGGAACCCUCGGCGAGCAGUUUAUGGCGGCACUUUGGAGGAUAUUUCCGAGUUCUUUAACAGUGGAACCUAUCAACCAGGUGGUAAUGCUGCAACUCAAGGACCCCGUAAAUUGUUCACAAAGGAGGAAAAACUUCUGCUGAAUAAGCGGAUACCUGAUCUGGUAGCUGCUACCUCUGGCAAAUGGCUCCCUCUGCACACUCUUGCUGCAUCAGGGGAAUUUUACCUCAUGGAUGCUUUCUUGAAACACAACGUUGAUAUCAAUGCUGUGGACAAGGAUGGUUUAACUGCACUGCACAAGGCAAUUAUUGGCAAAAAGCAGGCCAUUACAAACUAUCUUUUGAGAGAAUCUGCAAAUCCUUUUGUUCGUGAUAAAGAGGGCGCUACAUUAAUGCAUUAUGCUGUCCAAACAGCAUCAAGUCAUGCAAUUAAGAUUCUUCUGUUGUAUAACGUUGAUAUAAACCUGCAGGAUAAUGAUGGGUGGACACCGCUACAUCUUGCUGUUCAAACCCGAAGAACGGAUUUAGUGAGGCUUUUAUUGAUUAAAGGAGCUGAUAGGACAUUAAAGAACCAGGAUGGCUUGUCACCACUUGAACUUUGCCUGUAUUCUGGCCAAGACACAAGGACUUACGAACUCAUUAAACUGUUGAAGCAGCUUCCUCAGCAACGCUCUCCAAGCCCCUACAUUGCCUGCCUGACUGUUAAAUAACAAUAGGAUAUCAUUAACUACUUGUAAAAUUUUGCAAUGAUUAUUAUAAGACACAAAAUUUUUGGGUC